AUGCAUCUGUGGCAGGCCACCGUUCCAUUUUGCCUCCUGGCAGCUGCUGCCUUGCCUGGUGCUGCUGCCACGGCUUGGGGCUUUACUGAUGCCACCGUGGCCGUUCAACCUAAAGGUGCUGGUAUCAAUGGAGGCUUCAAGGACCAACUCAAUCCCUCCAAGGCCCUCGCCAAAUCCGUCUCCCUCAACGGUGCCGACACCUUACGCGUCACCUUGACAGCUCAAGAAGGAAGCUCUGCGAAGCGGCCACACCAGGCUUUCCUCCUGUUGAAGGAUGGCGAAACUGGUCUGGAUAUAUCCUACCCACUCAAUGUCAAGGACAAUGGAAAAUCAAGGGUUGAAUUGACCCAGAAGGACCUCCCGAUCCAAUUCCUCUCACUAUCGAGCCCGGUCGAUGCGCGCGUUAUCCUUGGUGGAUUUGGUGAUUCUGCUGCUCACGACAGCUCUGUGUUCAAGCUGUCAAUCGACCGUAACCCCGACGAGGCUGUGCCGACCGUUGAAACAGAGCGCUAUGGCAAGAAGGCCGAGAUCCACCACAUCUUCAAGGACGCCGCGUCUAGCCCACCACUUGUGAUCACACUGGCCUUUGUUGGUCUGGUUAUCGCUGCUAUUCCUGUUCUCGCUGGCAUGUGGCUCUUCCUCGGCGCCAAUGUCAACCACCUCCCCACCGCACUCAAGUCGGCCCCUCUCCCUCAUGCCGUUUUCCUCGGAUCCUUGGUCGCAUUCGAGGGUAUUUUCUUCCUUUACUACACCUCUUGGAACUUGUUCCAAAUUCUUCCCGCGGUGGCCGUUGCCGGCGCUGUCGCAUUCGUCAGUGGUAGCCGUGCGCUGGGUGAGGUCCAAGGUCGACGCCUCGCCGGUCUGCGUUAA